AGAGGCAACGCGUUUUAAAUCGUCUAUCGGGAAAACUUAAAUUAUAUUAAAAUAAAUAGUGUAAAUAUAAUAAAAACUACAUAAACCUGAAGUCCACCUACCAAGGUUAAUAAAACAUUAAAACAGUUUUUAAAGAAUUCGUGAAAAAAAAGCAAAAAAGAAAAAAUUCACAGAGCUAGUGGCUGUGGACUAAAAAAUGUUAAAAAAGCAACAAAAGUUAAAAAACCAAAGAUGUUUAUAAAUAAUACAACAAAUUUAAUAAAAUGCUUAAAGGAUUUUCUUAAAAAUUAGUGUAUUCAUCAUUAUAAUCAUAAAAAACAUGAAAUCAAGUAAUGGAUGAAAAAAAAUUCUGCCACCAUGUUUGAUUUGCGCCUUUUACAUAUAACGGUACUAUCAAAACAGCAUAAGAACAACAACAAUUCACAAAUUAAUUAAUACUUGUUAUACCCUGUCUUUCGACAGCUGGUUUUUGACAACAAAAAAAGAUAAAUUUUUCACGCCAAAGUUCAACAAAAUAGAAAAUAAACAGUUUGCAUUGAAAAGUCCAAUAGUUUAGAGUGAAAAUAGUGUAUAAAUAAAUUAUUUAUAAAACAAAACAACAAACUGUUGCAACAUACCAAUGUAAUAGAAAUAAAGCAAAGAAGAAAAGAAGGAAAUCUCUUAAGAUUUCAAGUUUGCAAGAAAAAGAAAAAGUUAGCAAAUUAAAAAAAUUAAAAAGAAAAUCUUUAAAUUUAUAUAUAAAGGCGAUCUGUUAAAAAGUUAACAAUGUUUAAACGUACUUUUAAAAUAGUUUUCCGUCCGGUUAAGAAUAAUUUCAUAUUACUGCCCGAAAAUUAUUAUAAAGUGGUGUCCACCUAUGAUACGGGUUGUCUUAGUUUGCAAUAUAAUGCUCAUAUACAUUAUGUAUCUUGGGCUCCGAAUUCGGGCGCCGUUAAAGAGACUGAAAUUGCCAUCAAUGCCAGGGUUGCUAAAGAGAUUGGUUUAAAUGAAAAUGACAUGGUCAAAUGUGCUUUGGUGGCUGAUGCUCCUCUAUUAAGAAAUGUAUUUGUAACACCGGUAUCAGCUAAAGACUGGGAAAUUAUAGAACUAAGUAGUGAGAAAAUUUCCGAAAGUGUUUUAGAUCAAACACGCAUUAUUAACUCCAAUCAAAUGCUUAUAGUAUGGAUUAAUAAAUCCAUGCAAGUGGCCUUAACGGUGGAUCGCAUCAAACCUAGUCUGGGUUAUGGACGUAUAGAUCACAAUACUGAGUUAGUGAUAGCCCCCAAUCUGUACAAAGGUAUUAGUAAUGGUGAUGAAACUAAAGAAGACAUAAACGAUAAAUUAUUUCGUAGUAAUACGGUAGCUAAGUUGGGCAUAUUAGAUGAAGAUCGGCAUACACAACGUUUAUUGCGUUCCACAACGUUGGCCAAUAUAAAAAAUCUACAAAGAUCCCAAACUUUAGCUAAAACAAAUCGACAAGAUAAAAUGGAGAGACUAAAACGUGAUUUAACUCGAGAAUUAUCAAAAUUUAUAGAAUUUCGUGUGAUAUCAGGAGAAUGGCAAAAUGAUUAUCAAAUAUCUGAUGUAUUCAUCAAUAAAGUCAAUUGGCCCAGUCAUAUGGAUAACACAACUGUUUACAGUUUGAAAACAAUGGAAGAGAAAGAAUAUUAUGUACGCAUACGUUUGGUUUCACACGCGGAAAUUGCUCAAACUAUACACCCCACCAUUGAAAUCAAUGUGAAUUUAAUGAAAAUUUUAGAUCUUAAGGAAUUGGAGAAGGUGGUACUCAAACCCAAACCAAAUGUGGUUAAUUUUGUGGAGAAAAUGGAACUGUUUGCUCACAAAAAGACCCAUUACAAGGUAGUGGAAAAUGCUUUCAAACGUUAUGUCAUCGAAAAAACCAAUCGUUCACCCAUGUUACUGAAUCAAAAUGAAGUGGUACGUUUAGAGGAGGAUCUGGUAGUAAGUGUAGGCAUAUUACCAGAACACUUUAAAUACUGUGCCAUUGACACCCAAUUCCUGAAGGAAAGUAAAAUAUAUGCAGCCGAUUUAGUGCGCAAAGUAGAUGAUAUAGUCGAUGUAGCAGCUAAUGUAGCCUCUCCGCUAAGUGUUAAAGAUUUAAUAAAACUGCCACAAUUUGACAAAAGCAUUGAAAAGUUGUCAAACGAAUUGAAAAGUAAUUUGUGUUUAGAUGCCAAAAAUGGUGUGUUACGUCAGGGGAACAUAUUAAUAACGGGUGCUUCGGGCGCGGGUAAAAGUGUGUUUGUUGAGCGUAUAUUGGAUGAGUUGAUAAGAAAACCAUAUUACUGUUAUUUUGAUAUAUUCUAUUGUACGCGCAGUAAGGGGAGAAAGGCCGAAUCUAUACAAAAAGAUUUACGCAAUGUCUUCACUACCUGCCUACAAAAUGCUCCCUCCAUUGUAGUCCUCGAAAAUCUCGAUGUCUUAGCUCAUGCCACUGCCGAUCAAGCCACACAAGAUGGUGAAUAUUUUAAUCGUAUUGCUGAUAUUGUACAUCAACUUAUGGUACAAUACACCAGUAAUCAUCCCAUAGCUGUUAUAGCCACUGUAAAUGAGGUGCAAUCUCUCAAUAAACGUUUGUAUUCUCCACGGGGACGUCACUUGUUUCAGACAAUUACAAAAUUACCCAAUUUGGAACGUGUGGAUAGGGAAUUGGUUCUUAGGGAUCUCUGUAGUCAUAUAGAUUCUGAGAAAUUGGAUUUAGAAAGAUUUGCUUUAUUGACAGAAGGCUAUAAUAAAGGAGACCUAGUGCAGUUUGUGGAGCGGGCUAUAUUUUAUGCUUAUCGUAUAAGUAAAAAUCAACCGGUUUUAACCAAUGAACAUUUAAAAAAUUCUUUAGAGAAUACCAAUUCUUAUUGUUUGCAAGGCAUAGAAAGUCACCAGUCUUCUAAUAGUGCGGCAGAUAGUGAGGAUAACUUAACUGUGGAGGAAAUUCCAGGCUUAGAACCAGUGGUUUCAGUGCUGGAAGAGGUGUUAAUGUGGCCUUCUAGGUACCCCACCAUAUUUAACAACUCUCCUUUGCGCAAUCAAGCUGGGGUGUUACUUUAUGGCCCUCCUGGUACCGGCAAAACCUUUUUAGUUUCAAAGCUAGCCAAUUCCUGGAAUCUAAGAACUAUAUCUGUGAAAGGACCCGAGUUAUUGGCCAAAUAUAUUGGACAAAGUGAGGAAAAUGUGAGAAAUUUGUUCAACAGGGCCCGCAGUGCUAAACCUUGUGUCUUAUUCUUCGAUGAGUUUGACAGUUUAGCGCCCAAACGUGCAGACUCUACCGGUGUUACCGAUCGUGGUAAUCAGCUACUAACUGAGCUGGAUGGAGUAGAAGGUCUCCAAGGCGUCACAGUAAUAGCAGCUACCUCUAGGCCGGAGUUAUUAGAUCCUGCCUUGCUACGUUCUGGACGCAUAGAUCGUUUAGUAGAGUGUUCUCUACCAGACACCGCAGCACGUUUAGCUAUAUUUGAGACAUUAGCCAGUACCUUGAUACUAGAUGAAUCUACAGAUUUUGAAUAUUUUGCUGAAAAGACACAAAACUAUACAGGAGCUGAUAUACAAAGUAUUUUGACAUCAGCCAAUAUGUUGGCCGUUAAAGAGGCUAUAGCUGAAUUUGGACAUGAGAAACUGCCUGAGAAACUAGCUGUUAAGCAGAAACAUUUAAUAGAGGCCUUUAACACCACUCGACCCUCGCUUAGUGCCUCGGAUGUGGCUAAAUAUCAAAAGACUUAUGCUCGUUUCACCAACAAGGAAAAGUCAUCCCGGGAAUUUGUCUCGAAACGUGCCACUUUGGCGUAGUGUUCUGUUCUUUAUAAGUUGGGGUUUUUUAUUCAAAGUUCGUUAUUUUUUUGGAUGGUUUAUCUUCAAUAUUUUUUGCUUUUUUUUGUUAUUUGAAAAUUUAAUAAAAAAUGGGUUUAUUUUGUUAACUUU